GCAGAUCUCUUCUUCUUCAACUUAUCACUUGGCUUAUCCUUAUCAUAGUAGAAAGAAGGAAGACAAGUGGAGAGGGAGUUCAUAUAUAGCAAAUAUAAUAAAGUUUUAUUAGUCAUGUCUAGCAGGAGAAGAUCAAAUAAUUCAAGAUUCACUCAAGAUGAGAUUAAUGAUCUUGUCUUGAAAUUGCAAUCUCUCUUGCCAAAUUCCUCUUCAAGGUGCACCUCCAGGGCAUCAUCAUCAUCAAAGAUACUGGAAGAGACGUGUAAUUACAUCAGAAAGCUGCACAGUGAAGUGGAUGAUCUCAGUGAGAAGCUCUCCCAAGUUCUGGAUUCUGCGGACACCAAUACUGUUGAUCUUGUAGACACUUUAUUAACUCUUCUUCAACAGUAAAGAUUAAAUAAAAAGAAACAGAAAAACCCCAUGGAUCUAGGCAUCUCUGAGUGGUUGUUAAGUCUUUUUAAUUAAUAUAGAUUAUUUUAUUUCUACUUAAUUCGUGCUAAACUAGGUUGCAUUCUACCUAGAGUUUUAUAUAAUAAUGUCUCAGUUACUAUAGUAUCUUAUUAUAUAUGUCUUGUAUAAUUAAUACGUAGAUAAUACAGUACAAGUACAUUAUGUUUUAUUGGUGUAUUUGGCUUGUGUCGGUAAUUCUAAUGUGAAAGCAUCUGAUAGUUUGGUCCCACUGAGGAACUUUGGAAAAAAAUUGGAUUUUAUGGUGAUGAUCCAAUGAUUGGACAUGAAGAGCCAAGGACCCAUGAUAAAGGGGAAAGGACUAGCCAAGGGUCAAGGUGUUACUCCAAGAGAGACACAUGAUUAGAAAUUAUAAAU